UGCCGGAAGUCAUGUGUCCGCCAUGUUUGUACACCCGUCAUUUGCUAGCCGGAAAUGUUCCGUUCCGGACCUAGACCCGGAUAGAGACGGGUGACCUGCCGUGCAGCAGACACGUCAGUGGCACCUCCCGGGUGCUUAGAAUCUUAUGGAGGGCCUGGGAGGGUGAUGGACUAAAUGUGCCAUGGAGAAACUGGGCAUGAAUUUUGGAGGUGGCCCAAGUAAAAAAGAAUUGCAGGAGUUAGUGGAAACCCAGCGGAAGCAGUUGCUGCAGUACCAAGCUCGACUGAAGGAUGUGGUGCGGGCGUACAAGAGUCUCUUGAAAGAGAAGGAAGCUUUGGAAGCCAGUCUUCAUGUUUUGUCUACUUCACAGGAACCCAAUGUACUGUCCUCUGAUGUGGAAGAGCCACACGAUGACCAGCACUCUAUACACAGUGAAGACAGUUUGGAUACAGCUGGAAGUUUACCAAGUGCUAGGGGGGGAGAGACCAGUGAGGAUGAAAGACUGGAAUCUGUGCAGCCUGUUGGUGGUAUAGGUGCAGAAGAGGCAAGUGGUUCAGAGAGCGGGGUUAGCACAGCUAGUGGAGAUGGUGGUUCUUCUACUCCUGCAGAUACUGACAGAAGAAUGGUGCAGCUUAAGAACCAGCUUUCCACUCUUACAAGUGCCUUGGCCACAGUUACACAAGAGAAAUCUCGGAUGGAGGCUUCCUACCAAGCAGACAAACGAAAAGCAAAGCAGGAGAUGGAAGAAACCGUUCAGAGAAUGCAACAAGAGCGUGAUGGCUUGCGGGAAGAGAUUCAGGGAUUUCAAGCUCAGCUGGCUGAGACCAAGACCAGGCUCAUAAGUCAGCAGCAUGACCGUGCUCAAGAGCAGGCAGACCAUUCAGUAAUGCUGAAAGAGCUACAGCGACUCGUGCAGGGAGAGCGAGACCAAAGGCAGGGAGUAGAACUCCAAUUAGUGGAGGCACGGCAAGAGUUGUCUGGAAGAUCAGAGCUUGCAAUCAGAGCAGAGGCAGCAGAAGACCAAAGCAAAAGGCUACGUAAGGACAUUGAAGAUUUGAGAAGGCAACUGCAGGAGGCAAAAAGACAGAAAGCUGAACCUAACCCUGCAGUACAGGAGCUGCAGAAAGCGUUGUCUGCUGUGAAGAAAGAAAUGGAGGCUCUGCUGCAAGAGGAAAGGCAAAAGCGGCAGGUGGAGGAGCAACACAACGUGCAGAGAUUCCUGCAAGAAGAAGAAAGAAUACGCUCCUUGGAAUCUCAGGUGUCCGAGCUCUCUGAGCUUUUGGGAGCAGCAGAAACAUCCAAACAGAGGGACCAAAUCACUAUCCGCAAACUACGAGACCGCGUCAUUCAGCUGGAAACAGAAAAUAAAACAAUCGGUAUGGCUGCUUCACUGCAAACCCCUGCUGAAUCUCAUCUCAUGAAAACUCCCAUAGCAGAGGACAAUAAUGAUGGCCAAGAGCCCCAUGGAUCUGUUCUGUUUUACCAACAAGAACUCCAGCAGUUAAGAGAGGAGUUUGAGCGCUACAAAGCUCGGGCUCAGGGAGUGCUGAGGACUAAAGGGGCACGGGAAGGAGAACUGGAAGCUGGAAAACAAAAAAUGGCGGAGUUAAAAGAAAAAUAUGUCUCUCUAAGAAUGGCGGCUGAGGAGGCAGAAAACAAGCACAAACUGGAGAUGGAAGCUGUCCGCAAGGAGCUCAUACUGUUGGCUCAGGCACACAGACAGGAACUAGAGCAUGUACGGAAAGAAAGCAGAGAGAAUAUGGUACGAAUGGAAGAGGAACUAAGACAGCACAGGGAGAGGGUGUUAGCAGUGCUAACAGAGAAAGAGCAGGAACUGGAGAAACUGAGAGAAGCCAAGAUUCCAAACGGCAUACCCCCACUAUCGCCAGAUCCUUUAGAUAAUGGUUUAGAACUCCCAAUCAGCAAUUCCUCUGCUUUUCUUGUUUAUGUAGAACAGCUGUCCCGUAAAGAAGCUGAGAUUGGAAACCUGAGGCGGAGGAAGCAUGAGCUGGAAGCCGAAAUUCAAAGUUUGCAUGAACGGUUAGCAGAGAAAAGCGAGGAUAUGCAAAAUUUGCGUGAACAGAUUGAAAAGGCUCUACGAGACAGAAGCAGAGAAGGGGCGAACAUGGAGUAUCUGAAAAAUGUGUUGCUGGGUUUCUUGACAAUGUCUGAUCCCCGAGGUAGACAACACACCUUAAGUGCGCUUCUGACGGUCCUACACUUCUCCCCGGAGGAGCGAAAUGCAGCUCUGCGGGCCCAAGAUGGCAGUAGGUGGUGGGUAGGAGGAAAGAGGUGAUUUUACAUUUCAGGCUUUGACCAAUACAGGCAAACAUUAGUGGAAAAAUAGGACUUCUUGCUUUAUGGACAUACUAUUGCACAAUUUUUUAAACUGCAUUUAUGGUGUUAUGUAAUCCAGGGACCAGUUACACGUACUGACGAUAGGAGAUGCUGGGUACAUCC